AUGCUAUCCACAUUUAACCACCGCAUGAAAAGUUUUGAGAGUCAACUACAGAAGACAUCUCCAACCACUGAUACUGAUGCACUGGCUGCUGAUUUUGUCGCCUUUAAACAGUUUAUAUGUACUACCCUGCGUACUAUGCAAUAUCAAAUUGAAUGGGUUGCCAGGGAGGUUGAUAGAAUUGAGAUGCGGGGACGUCAAAAAAUACUUCUGUUGCAUGGUGUUGGUGAGAUGCCAGGCUCUGGCCGACCACGACCAAUUCUCUUUAAGGUCCGCGAUGUUAAUAUGCGUGAUGAGAUCUGGGCGGCUAAAACUGGGUUGGAGGGCUCUGAAGUAACCCUGUCCGAAUUUCUUACAAAAGCGCGUCAUUCUGUAUUUAUGGAAGCUCGUCAGCGGCUGGGUGUCUCUAAAUGUUGGACUAGGGAAUGGCAGGUCUUUGUCCUUGGACCUAGUGGCACAAGGCAUCGGGUCGAAUGCAGUGAGGAUCUUGGUGAAAUUGUUUCUAAACAGUCGAAGCCUACACCUUUGGCAGUGGUGACCAAGGAGCCUGUUAUUUCGCGAGCAAGACGUGGAGCAACAUCUAAGAAAUAG